AUGAUGCCACUACAGCGACAUAUAAAAAAUGUCGUUCGCAAUUACACAGAAGCUGAACGCAAGGUGCGAGAAGCUACGUCAAAUGAUCCUUGGGGUCCUAGUAGUACUCUGAUGUCUGAGAUAGCAGAUCGUACUUAUAAUGUCAUCGCAUUUACUGAAAUUAUGCAAAUGAUCUGGAGAAGAUUGAACGAUAAAAGCAAGAACUGGAGACACGUAUACAAAGCUCUUAUUCUGCUGGAUUAUAUAAUUAAAACUGGCAGCGAUAAGGUUGCUAUCCAAUGCCGCGAGAAUAUUCACGCUAUCGAGACUCUUAUGGAUUUCUACUACGUUGAGGAGGGCAAGGACGUGGGCAACUCUGUUCGCGAAAAGGCACGGAGUCUCAACGCCCUGUUGAGAGACGAUGAGAGGCUUCAAGAGGAACGCACAAAGGCCCUCUUGGCUCGUGAGCGACUCAUGCAUGGUGGAGCUCUUGGUACUUCGGGCCCCUCCGCGUACUCACCGCCCUCCAUGGCCGGCUUUGGACGGUCUGCUUCCUCCUAUGGAGAUGAAAGAAGGCCAUCUUCUCAACCCUCUUUCUCUGGUGUCGGUGAGUCUUGUGAAUUCCCCCAUAUUUUUGCAAGUGGGGCUUCGCUUCAUUGCCACGUUUCUUGUACACUCCAUGUUUUUGCCGUUUCAUCUGAGCGCUCUACUGCAUCUUCUUCUAGUUCUUCUUUGAUCUGUUCUAAACCGCGUCACACGAAUUCUAUCCGUAUUCAUUUGUUUGCUCUGAAGGUGCUUGGAACUAGAUUGAAGUUUGGUCCUGGUCGGGAAGUUUUGGACUUUGAUCGAAAUCAAACUUUUCUUGCAGUUAUUUCUAUUUUUACUUUGCGAACUUCUCAUAUACGCUUCCUUCGAAUACUAGGUGGAAUUUCAAGUGAAUUGGACUCCGCUCAGCCACAGUCCUAUACAGAGGAGCAGUUGCAACUCCAAUUGGCUCUAGCCAUCAGCAAGGAGGAGCAUGAACGCGAGCUCCAGAAGCGUCAUGAAGAGGAGGCUAAAGAAGCCCUCAAGCUCCAAAUGGUUCUUGAGCAGAGCAAACGGGAGGAACAGGUACGCGCACGCUCUCUCUCUCUGUUUCAACUUUUCAUUUUUUUGGAAGUGCCAUGUUUUCAUUAUCCGUUACACUCCAUCGAGUUUGGUUCCUCGCGUCAUGAACUAAGCACUAUCUACUCGUGUGUUAGCUCACAACACUCCUCACUAAAACUGGAGUUAUAA